GGUCUUAUGACUCGGGCUGGAGCGGCGUUUCUUGGCUCUCACAGCGCUGUGGUCGGUGUCAUCAGUGCGCUGUCCCCAGGUCCAGGAGCCGUUUUUGCUGGUGUUGCUGCCCUUGUUGUCACCGCUGCCUCCAGCUCUGUGGGAUCAUGGUGUACUUCCGCCUGUCCCCGGUUUCAGGCUCCGGGCUCCUUCUGCUCUGCCUCGUUCCUGGGAGCUGACUGGUCUUAUGCAUUGGAACUUAAUUUGACAGAUUCAGCAAAUGCUACUUGCCUUUAUGCAAAGUGGCAGAUGAAUUUCACAAUAACCUAUGAAACUACAAACAAAACUUAUAGAACUGUAAACAUUUCAGAUCUUAGCACUGUGAGACAUGAGGGAAGCACUUGUGGAGAUGACCAGAAUGGUCCAAGAAUAGUGAUACACUUUGGAUCUGGAUUUUCCUGGAUUGUAAACUUUACCAAGAAUGCUCCUGAUUAUUUGAUUGACACCAUCUCAUUUUCCUACAACACUAAUGAUCACACGAUUUUUCCUGAUGCUGAACAUAAAGGAAAUAUUACCAUUGACAAACGUGUGGCAUUAAAAAUUCCAUUGAAUGACAUCUUUAGAUGCAAAAGUUUGUUAACUAUAGAAAAGAAUAAUGUCACUCAGCACUUUUGGAAUGUUCUUGUACAAGCAUUUGUCCAGAGUGGCACGGUGAGCACAAAAGAAUAUCUGUGUGAUGAAGACAAACAUUCCACCACAGUGGCACCCAUCAUUCACACCACUGUGCCAUCUCCUACUACAACACCCACUCCAACAGAAAAACCCAAAGUGGGAACCUAUUCGGUUAGUAAUGGCAGCAACACUUGUCUGCUGGCUACCAUGGGGCUGCAGCUGAACGUCACUCAGGAUAAGGUUUCUUCAAUUAUUAACAUUAACCCCAAUACAACAGGCGUCACUGGCAGCUGCCAUCCUCAGACUGCUCAACUUAGACUGAACAGCAGCAUCAUUAAGUAUCUUGACUUUGUCUUUGCUGUCAAAAACGAAAACCGAUUCUAUCUGAAGGAAGUGAAUGUCAGCAUGAAUUUGGUUAAUGGCUCUGUUUUCAGCAUUGCAAAUAACAACCUUAGCUACUGGGAUGCUCCUCUGGGAAGUUCUUAUAUGUGCAACAAAGAGCAGACUGUUUCAGUGUCUGGAACAUUUCAGAUAAAUACCUUUGAUUUAAGAGUUCAGCCUUUCAAUGUGAUGGAAGGAAAGUAUUCUACAGCCCAGGAAUGUUCGCUGGAUGAUGACACCAUUCUAAUACCAAUUAUAGUUGGUGCUGGUCUUUCAGGCUUGAUUAUCGUUAUAGUGAUUGCUUACCUAAUUGGCAGAAGAAAAAGUUAUGCUGGAUAUCAGACUCUGUAACACUAAUCCACUUGUGAUCUCUGUUAUCAAACAAUAAAGCAAGUACAAGUUCCAACCUGCAAUACUGUUCAAUUUAAAGUAUAUUUAGUUGUAGUCCUGCUUUUAGAAUGGGUGGUUUUGAGAGAUUUUUGAACUUAAACAAAAAAUCCUAUUAACUAUAAGUUAGCCAUGUGAUUUUGGUUUCCCCAGCCAAGGAAAAGUUAUUUCUAUAGUAAAGGACAUGCAAAAUCACCUGAAUUAUAGAUUCUACUUUACUGUUUUGAAUUAGUAUUUCAGUGUUUUCACUUAUCUGAGUAGAAAUAUACAGUUUAGGAAAAACAAUUUUUGAAAAGAUAUUUUUUCCCUGCAUGAGGUUGAGUUGGGACAACACAUUCUAUAGUGGAUUUGUACUUGCUCCUUUUGAUUUUUUUGUGAUUUUGUUUGCAGGUUAACUUAGCUACUUUGGCAUUGCUGCAUAUUUGACCUAUGAAAGAGAUGCUAGUAGAUUUUAACAGGGCCUAGUGUAUUAUGUUCUUACAAAUGAAUGCUUUUCUCAUGCUUUUUGGUUACAUUUGUAUUUAAUGUGGCUGUAAUGACAAAAGACACAAAGCUUUUUCAAUUUCAGAAUAGGUGUUAAUCUUAUCGUUUAAUCCUUUUUUAAAAACUGGACGUUUCAAUCUUUUAAAUUGCAAGACACAAGACUAUUCCAACUGGGCAUUUCAAUCUAUUUUUUAGGUGCUUUAGAGAUAAUUGCUAGGCAGUGCCAAUUGAGGGCAUUAGUCUUUUUGUACCCGUAAAUUGGCCUCUACACAUAGCACUAAAAUUAAUGCAGAUUUCUCUUUAACCUUCCAGUCUUUCUUGUUGGUGGUAAUAUAUUUUAUUCUUUUCUUUUUCUUAAAGAAGAAAUGCCAGUAUGUCCUAGAACCUAGAUAAAGUGCACUUACACUUAGAAAAUAACUUGUACUCAACCCAAAAGUCUUGGUCUUCCUUGGUUCAUUAAAAAGUUAUUCAUUUCCAGUUUGCAUUGAUUGCUACAUUUACUAAUUUGGCUUUCACAUUUAAAUGGUUCUGUGCUAAUCAAAACUUACAUUGUUAUUGUUCAUUAUGGUAGAAUCAUUAUUAAUUCAUGUACUUUGUAUUCAGUUUUGUGCUAGGAGAGAUGUACCAAUUGUCUGUUUACUGUGCACCACCUAAUGCUUAUGCAAGAAAGCAAACUAUUUCAGCAUGUAUAGUUAACACAUCAGGUAUUCCUUGCAGCUUCUACACACACACACACACACACACACACA